CAACCUCACGUACCUAAGGUAACCUUCAAAACCAGCAUCGCCGGCCACUCUCAAGAUCCUCCGUCCCUCUUCACCCGAAACUAGAGGUCAAUUGAACCACCACCCACACCACACCAAAAGAACCAUGUCGGCCUCAACACCAGCCUUCUUCGCCAGCCCCCUCCGGUACUGCCGCUGGGCCGCCCGCGAGCGCCCCGCAUACUUCUGGUCCGUCGUCAUCGGCGCCACCGGCCCCCUAAUGCUAGCCACCGUCCCGCCCGCCAUGAGGCGCCUGGGUUACGAGCGCACCCCGCCGAUUCCGUUGACGUAUCCUGUUCCUACCGGCCCGCGAAAGACGUUAACCGGCUACGACGACUGAGCGCUAUACGUAUCAAGUAUCUCUGGAACAUACCUAGGAAUAGGGCAUAGGAGCAGGACCGUGGAUCGAUAGGCGGAUCUACAUGUAUAUAUCAAAAUUAAAACCACUCCAAGCGCCUCAAGUCGUCAGACCUCGGAGCAAAGUAUGAAGACGGGGCUAGGCGGAAUACCCUCAAGGGGAACGUAUCAAAUGCUACCGCAUGCAAGAAGAGUGUCCCUUCAAGCCUCACUAGGAUCAAUCAAGUCAAAAACUAUCAUCCAGUUCAAUUCAUUUCAUUUUCGCAC